GGAACUGCAGAUGCUGGUUUAAAACCGAAGAUAAGAUAGGAGGAGAAUGCCUGAGUUACCCAGCGAGGGGGCCGGGCAGCAUCUCCGGAGAGAAGAGGCGGGUGACUUUUCUGGUCGAGGCAACUAGUGGACUCUGGGCAGCAAAGAUACUAGCAGCGUCUUUACAAAAACACACACACACACACAAAAGCCGAACAUUUGAAAUUGCAGCGCCCGAGAUAGUGUCACACAUGACGAAGGGGCGGGAUCACAAACAAGGCUCCAGCCACUAUAAAUACGCUGCCGUCAUCCGAUGGUAAGGAUCAAAAGUGGAGGAAGGUUUCUGCUGUUGGUUUCGCUCCGCCAGGCAAAUCAUUUUUCAAACUGGUCGGAUCCGUACACUCACCUGUGUGUGUGUGUGAUUUUUUAUUUUGUCGCUGUUUUUAACGUUGUUGUUGCUGCCCGCUUGCACCAUGUAUUUGGAAGUGGCGCUCCUGACAGUGUGCCUCUACGACGCGGUGAGCUCCAUCCAUUCCAACGCCAUCAAGACGGGAGACAUUCACAGCGCCGGCCACCCUGCCACUGCCGCCACGCAGGUCUCCGCAGCCAAGAACAACUCCAGCCAACCCAUCCAGAUGGUCGCCUGCCGCGGAGAUCGGGAUUGCGUAGUGGGCCAGUUUUGCCCCACUGGCCGCUCUGCCACCAUGCACUGUAUAAACUGCCGCAAGAGCCGCAAACGCUGCGCCCGUGAUACCAUGUGUUGCCCGGGGGCCCGCUGCAACAACGGCUUGUGCACGGCCACUGAUGCAAAGCAGGUUCACGGUUCAAUCGAAGAGAUCCUAAAGGAGACCUGGGACACCAACGGCAAGCACCCCACUACGGAAAUACAUCCCCGAAAAGCUACGAUUCCCAGCAGAUCUCUUUCAACCAAAGGUGAAGAAGGCGACGUUUGCCUCCGGUCAUCCGACUGCGCCAUAGGGCUGUGCUGCGCUCGGCAUUUCUGGACCAAGAUCUGCAAGCCGGUACUGCAAGAGGGUCAGGUUUGCACCAAGUCCAAGCGCAAAGGCUCGCACGGCCUGGAGAUCUUCCAGAGAUGUGACUGCUCUCAGGGCUUCACGUGUCGGAUGCAGAAAGCAGGAGCGGCGAGGGGCGGCAAGACCUCCAGACUGCACACCUGCCAGUGACUCUCUCCCUCCCUCCCUCCAUCCCUUCCUUCCUUCCCUCCCUCCUCCCCUCCCUCCCUCCCAUCUCUCAAUGAGGACUCACCCUCGGCAGAAGCCAAACUUCGGUUUUCCCCCAACAGCCGCCAGCCACACUCCCUCUUGCAGGCUUAGAGUGGAAGUGCUUGGGGGAAGGGGGCGAAAGGGAGGGGGGGGGGGGGAGGUGGGGUAUGUUAACGAUCGAAAACCCAAAGUGCAUUGAUUUUCUUUUGUUCCCUUUUUCAGGAACUUUUGUAGACUGUAACGCUUGCAGUAAAUUACUGUGUUGUAAAAGAUUCAGUCUGGCACUUAUGCUGUAUAUACUUGACGAAUCAGUAUUGUCAAACGAAAAAAUGUCGACUGGGCCAUCCUCCCAGUUUAGCCAGUGAUGUAAAUUCUUCUAUAUUAUUGCUAACUGACGUGUGUGUGUGUGUAUGUGACACAAAUUCUCUAUAUUUUAACUGAAAUUAAAAAAAAUGUCCCAGAUGAAGUCUUCUCGUG